GGCCCCGGGGAGCGGGCGGCAGGAGAGCCACCCGCCCGCCUGCCCGGCGCUCGCAUCUCCUGACUUCGGGUCCCAAGCAGCCCUCCGGGCGGUGGCGGCGACAAGGAAGGGGCUUCGGACGCGGAGCCGGCGCAGGGUGCGGGACAGGGGUGUGGGGAUCUCGGGGCAGGGCGCACCGACGGACGCUGCCAGGUGUGCUGAGGCGGUGGCGCCCGGGAACUCGGGGACCGCGCGCAGCGGCUGGAGCAUUGGGCCGGAAUACUAGUAUCACUGAGAAGGAUCUGAAAGAGGCCAAGGCGCGGAGCCAGCAGAUCGCAGCCCAGCUCACCACCCCUCCCAGCUCCAACUCCCGUGGUGUCCAGCUCUUCAAUAGGCGCCGGCAGAGGGUGAAUGAGUUCACCUUGGAGAGCUGUGGCCAGAGGGGACUGAAGCCCAGCCAGGAGUCCCUCAGAGUGCGCCCUGCAAGCCCCACAGGCCAUGCACCAGGGCACAGCCUGAGUUCUUCCGCCCCGCCCAAGUCAGGUCCUACAAGAAACCCCAACUCCCAGAGUCUCAACAGAGGGCUCCCAGGCCACAGCAUGGAGGGGUACUCAGAAGAGACCAGUUUGCUGCGGCACCUGGAGAAGGUGGCCAGCGAGGAGGAAGAAGUGCCAUUGGUGGUUUACUUGAAGGAAAAUGCAGCCCUGCUGACAGCCAAUGGGCUCCACCUGUCCCAGAACCGUGAGGCCCAGAAGUCCCCACCAAGCCCUCCUGAAGCCGAGGUACACAGCCCAGAUGCAGAUGUGAACGAGAACCUUUCCUCACCUAGUGCCACACUCACCGAAUCAGCUUCUAAUAGCCAUAGCAACCUGCCAGCCAAUGAUGUCAGUCAGAACCCCCCCACAACUGUCACUCCACAAAACCCACCACUUUCUGUGGCUCAAAAUUCUUCUGAGACUCAGCACCCCACGAAUGGCAUAAUGCCUGAUUCCAAACCCAGCACACCGUGCGCUGAUGGGCAACCCCAGGCUCCAGCGGUGGAGGAGAUUAGGUCCAGUGUACUCCUAAUCGAUAAGGUAUCAACUCCACCUGCUGUCACCAGCACCUUCUCCAGAGAAGCUACUCCCAUCCCCAGCUCUGGGUCCCCAGCCUCAGAGUUCACGUCCAGCUCUCUGCUCAUCGAUGUCCAUCCCAGCGCCCUGGUGACAUCAGCAGAACAAGAGAUGUCUGGGAGGGCACCUGCCACCACGCCCACCAAGAUGUACAGUGAAGUCCACUUCACAUUGGCCAAGCCUCCAUCGGUGGUCAACAGGACAGCCAGGCCUUUCGGGAUCCAGGCACCCAGGGGCACUAGCCAGAUGGAGCGGAGCCCCAUGGUAGAGAGACGAUGUCUCGGGGAGAAGGCUGCGGCCCUCCAGCCCUCCACCAUGGCAGACAGGAGUCCCCGACCACAGAGACACGUAAUGUCCCACAGCCCCAUGGUGGAAAGGAGGCUGGUGGGGCAGCGAAGUCCAGCUUUGGAGAGACGCCCCUUGGGGAACUUCACUCCACCUCCCACCUAUGCUGAGACCUUGUCCACGGCCCCCUUGGCUAACCGGGUUAGGGCUCCCCCCUCUUAUUCUGCUCUGUACCCCAGCUCCGACCCCAAGCCUUCUUAUGGGAAGGGCCAAGCAGUUCCUGCCAGCAAGACAGGCAUUUUGGAGGAGUCGAUGGCCCGCCGGGGUAGCCGGAAAUCCAUGUUCACCUUCGUGGAGAAGCCCAAGGUGACCCCGAAUCCAGACCUGCUGGACCUGGUACAGACAGCCGACGAGAAGCGGAGGCAGAGGGACCAGGGGGAAGUGGGCGCAGAGGAGGAGCCCUUCGCCCUGGGGGCCGAGGCCUCCAACUUCCAGCAGGAGCCAACAUCGCGGGGGAGGGCCAGCCCUGCAGCUGAGGAGGCUGUUCCCGAGUGGGCCUCCUGCCUCAAGUCGCCCCGCAUCCAGGCCAAGCCGAAGCCCAAACCCAACCAGAACCUCUCAGAGGCCUCUGGGAAGGGGGCGGAGCUCUAUGCCCGCCGCCAAUCACGGAUGGAGAAAUAUGUCAUUGAGUCUUCAGGCCAUGCUGAGCUGGCCCGCUGUCCUUCACCCACCAUGUCUCUGCCUUCAUCAUGGAAAUAUUCCACUAAUGCCCCCGGGGGCUUCCGAGUGGCAUCGCUGAGCCCAGCGCGGACCCCGCCUGCUUCCCUCUACCAUGGCUACCUGCCUGAGAACGGGGUCCUGCGCCCCGAGCCCACCAAGCAGCCACCAUAUCAGAUGCGGCCCUCGCUGUUUGCCCUCUCGCCCAUCAAGGAACCUGCCAAGGCCUCUCCACGCACUGCGUCAUCCCGAGCUGCCUCAUCACGCACUGCCUCCCCACGCGCUGCCUCCCCUGCCAAGCCAAGCUCCCUAGACCUGGUGCCCAGUUUGCCCAGGGCUGGCCUCCCACCGUCUCCUGCCCUGCCUCGGCCCUCCCGCUCCUCACCCGGCCUCUACACCUCCCCUGGCCAGGAUGGCCUCCAGCCCUCUGCUGUGAGCCCCACCUACAGCAGUGACGUCUCCCCAGUAUCUCCCUCUCGGGCGUGGUCUCCCAGAGCCAAGCAGGCCCCCAGACCUUCCUUCUCCACCCGAAACGCCGGAAUCGAGGCUCAGGUGUGGAAGCCUUCCUUCUGUUUCAAGUAAUGGAUCCCGCGGGGGCCCCACUACCUGUCAUCUGAUGGCCAGAUGGACAGCAGACGUGGCAGAAAAUGGCAUGGGGUGUAGUGAGGAGAAUGAGUCUAUGGCUCAAGGUCUGGCGCUGCCACCAACUAGCUAUGUGACCUUGGGCAAGUUGCCUUCCCUCUCUGAGCUGCAGCGGCCUAUUGCCCCGAUGAUCAGGGAGCUUGGACUCCAUGUCUGGGUGGGGAGGAGGAUACUGGAGAAAGAACUCCUUCAGCAGGCUCUGAUGCAGCUGAGGGAGCUUCCUCUGGCCAUGUGAGCUGGAGGAAUGCCAGCGUCUUGCUGGAGGACGGCCCCAAGGGGGUCCUAUUGGGGCUUCUGGAGCAGACAGAGCCUGCCAGUGCCUGUGGAAUCUGCCAGCCAAGAGUCUGCCUCCCUCAUGGGCUCAUGCUCCUGAUAUCUUUCUUCCUGCUGCUGGAUUCUCACCUCCACGGGCCUGUCUCUUCCUCCUCUGCCCUUCUGGACACCAUUUCCUCUUCACUGCUUCAGACAGCUUUGCCUUGCUCCACCUUUUCUCCUCUCCUGGGUCCUUCUGCUGAAUGUGGAUUUAGCAAACUAUUACUGUCUGAUGCUUCCCUUCUUGCCCUCUCUUCAGCUGCCUCCACACCUUCUUCAGGACCUGGCUCCACUUAGGAGAUUCCUAGGCUCCUGGCUUGCCCUCACUGUUUGGGGGGUAAGGGGUGUCCCUGGAGAUUCCUGAGAGAAGUUGGACCCCAUAGAUGGCUAUACAGAUGUGGAUAUGCUGUUAGGAGAAGGGCCCUUUAGUGAUGUAUUGAUGGGUUGUUUGGCUUCCUCUUCAGAAGCCUGAUUAAAAGAAGCCACCUCAGGGCCAUGGUACAGGUUUCAGGGACAGAGGUAGGGAAGGAGGGCUCUGGUCUUAUCUAUACCUCCCACUUGCUGUGUGACUUUGGCCAAGUCACUUUCCCUCACUGGGCCUCAGUUUUCUCAUUUAUGCAGAAACCUUUCUAGUUGGAUAAUCUGCGAGGACUGAGCGUAUAGGCUGGUGCUUUGAGAGAGAUGCCUUGUAAGUGAUGAGAGAGUCCCCUGAGAAGAAAGGAAAAGGGAAUAGAUUGAGGAAGGACAGAUAGAGCUAGAGGUUUGUGAAGGUCACCUAGUGAGGUGUAGUUGGAAUGAGCUGCUGCAGGAGGCCCAAGAAUCAGAAGCCUGGGCUGAAUAGCUCUGGCUCAGAAUUGCCUAGAGGCAGUGUAAGUGUGGAGAGGACUGGGGCAGGGCACAGCUGUUUAGGGGAAAGCACAGAGGAGACCCUAGUGUUCUGAGGAGAAGUCUGAGACAUAGACCUGCUUUCUAAUAGCCUGACUGUAAGCUCUCUUUGGAUCUCACUUUCCCCAUUCAUACAGUGAGGGUGUUGGGUCAGGUAGCCUGAGAUUCUCCCAUUCCCUUUGAUGGGAAGCAGCCCCACCAGCUAGGCCUUGUGGGGGGUGAAAGAAUACAGACGCAAGAGGCAGAAUUCAGAUGGAAGCUUCCCAAGACUGGGGGUGAGGACCACCCACUUCCUCUUUCCCAGCCCUAUUUCUGGGCUCCCAGAGGGGCGAGGGUAGUGGAGGUGGUGCCCAUGCUGGGCUGAGCCUGCAGUUUUCGUGAGCUCAGGGCCCGUCUCCAUGGGAACAGGGGUGCCUUGUCAGUGAGCUCAUUCCACACAGAAGAGGAGGAUGCGUGGGGAGCUGUGAGCGAGAUCAGCUUGUUCACACCAGGCCCUCCCAGAACAGAAUGAGCCCCUGCCUGGGACCCCAGCCUCUUCAGCCCUGGAGGGCCAGCAGUGGAAGAGCCCACCCUCUGUCCUGCAGCUCCCAAGGCCAGGCUGAGCUCUUCCCCAACUUUGUUUUCUCUCCUGUUCUCAAUACACUCUGCCUCAAAUCCGUCUUGCUUCUUUCUUUCUUCUGCGCUGCUGCUGCUGCCUCUGAUUCAGGUGUGGAAGUGAAGCGGGACUGCUUAGCUGCUAUGUAUGACAGUAAGAUUGUGUCCCCACGUGCUGCUGUGUGUAUCCCACACAUGCUGUGUGUCUGGAUCUGCCAGGGGACAGCCAAGUGCUGUCUUGGAAGCGAGGGCUGUUCUCUCUGUUCUCAAGGGAGGCACUCAGGGACCCCAAACCC